UGGAUCAAUGAACUGGGCUCCAACGACACCAUCAUGGCCGUGAAUGGUAAAGGUGAAUUCAAUGGCUUCUACCACACGGCCGUGACAGCCACCAUGAACGAGAUCCAGGUGUCACCACUCCAGGGGUCCCAGUAUCACACGAAACAGAGAAGCCAUCCCACCUUCAGCUUCACUGUCAACCGGAGCUUUUCAGACUCCACCACUGCCUUGAUGGGCCAGUGCUUUGUGGACGGGAAGGAAAUACUGAGGACCAUGUGGUUUACGCAAGGUGAGGUUGACAGCCUCGAGGAUGACUGGAAAGCCAGCGGGUGA